CUCGCCUUUGCAGCGAUGUCGCCACAGCUCGCCGCGGGUAAAGAACCCGUCUGCGUGCCCUACCUGUGCAAGGAACGACAGGCCGAGCGGACCGCACUGCUCUUGCGCCUCACGAACCGCGGUGAGGCGCUCCCAAAGCUUUGGCAGGGUGUCGCCUGCCUCGCGCUCUUGGCACUCGAUCAUGCGCGCAAGGGCGACGGGUCCGUGAUUCCCGAGCUGGCCGGCCUCAACAGCUCGAUUGAGCACGUGUUGUUAGACACUCGCUCGGACCCGGCGUCGGGGGUCACGGCGUACCGAGCCGCGCGCGCUAACGGCGCCUCGUCGAUCGUCGGCGCCGCGCGCUCGGCCGUCAGCGUGCCGCUCGGGUACGUGGAGACGGAGGACGUCAUGCCCGCGGUGAGCUACUGGUCCUCCACGCCCGCGCUCUCCGACCAAAAGCUCUUCCCUCUGUUUGCGCGAACCUUCCCGAGCGACAGCGACAGCGCGGCCGCGAUGGUGACCGUCCUCCGCAACAUGGGUGUGCCGAGUCAGACAUCUCCGGCUCGAUGCUGGGAGCACUUCUCCGCAAUCAGCGUGGCGGACGAGUACGCGAACGGGUACAUGCAGGCCGUCUCGCGCAACGCCGCCGCGUGCGGCCUCACCCUCUCGCGGGUGAGCACCUUCGAGUACGGCAACGCGGACUCUGCCGCGCGCGCGGUGCAGGGGCUCGUCUCGGGCGGAGCAAACAUCGUCACCGCGAACAUCGUCCUGCUGAUUGCCUUUGAUGUGGACCUGCCGGCGAUCUUCGCGACGGCCGACGAGCUCGGCAUGCUCGACGCGCCCUACGCCUGGUUCGCACCGGACUCCUUCUUUGCGUCGGACCUCGGCGCGCUGCUGGCGGCGGGGCAGCUCACGGCGGGGCUGUACGGCAAGCUGGCCGGCUUCAACCAGGUCUUCAUCUCGCAAAAGUCGAGCGCGGGCUACGCGCGGUACGAGGCGGCGUGGCGUCAGCUCACUCCCGAGAGCUGCGAGGCGCUCGGCGAGGGCGGCGUCGGGCCGAGCGGCGACAACGGGUACAACGCGUCGCGGCUCACGGCGGCCGACUUUCGCGGCCCUCCGCCGGAGGUUGGCAGCUACGCGUACGACGCCGCCGCCGCCAUCGCCCUCGCGAUCCAGAACUGCAGCUCCAACGGCACGGACGGCGCGCUGCGCGACCACGCGGCGGCGGCGGCGCGCGGCCAGGAGCUGGCCGCCGCGAUCCGCGGCCUGGCCUUCUCGGGGGCGAGCGGCGAGGUUGGCUUCAAGCAGGGGCUCGGCGACCGCGCCACAAACGGCCUCGACAUCGCAAUGUUCAACUGGCAGCUGCAGCCGGCGGGCGGCGGCGGAGGAGGCGAGAAGCUUGCCGACGUCGCGGUGCUCCGCUACUCGCUCAGCACGCUCCUCACGCCCGGCGGCGAGGCGUGCGCCCAGAACGCGACCUCCGCUCUCCCCGAGCCAGACCCGAUGUGGGUCUGGUUGGGCGGGGGGAGCAGCCCCCCGCGCGACCGCCUCGUGGUCGAGCGGGAGCGGCUGGCGGCGGACCUCGCCGCGUCGCAGCAGCGCGCCAGGGAGGCGGAGGAGCGAGAGAGGCAGAGGCAGGUGGUCCUCGGUGCAGUGCUCGGCCCCGCCCUCCUCCUCCUCGCCGCCGGCGUGCUGCUGGUCGUGCGGCACUUCAAGCUCGCGAAGCGGCGCCGCCAGCUGGUGUGGCGCUCCACCCGCAAGCCGCCGCGCUUGCGCUCCAAGGCGAGCGGCGAGUACCACCUCUUUCUCUCGCACACGUGGAGCAGCGGCCAAGACCAGGUGCACAUGAUCAAGCGGCGGCUCGCCACGCUCGCGCCGCAGAUGAAGAUCUUCCUCGACGUCGACGACCUAGAGGAGUUCGGCACGCUCGCCGACAACGUCGCCGCCUCAGACGUGGUGCUCCUCUUCCUCUCGCGCGGCUACUUCACCUCCAAGGCGUGCAAGAUCGAGUACACGGCCGCCUGCCGACUGGGCAAGCCGGUCGUCGUCGUGCACGAGUCUGACGAGAACCACGGAGGCGCGCCGCUCGAGGAGCUGCGCGACCAGUGCCCCGACGAGUGCCGCGCGCACCUCUUCGGCAGCCGGGCGGUGGUGCCGUGGCUCCGCUCCGCCCCCUUCCAGCUGGUGACGCUCAAGAAGAUCGUCGCCGUCGUGCUGUCCGCCGGCGGCGGCGAGGCGGUCGCGGAGCCGGGCAAGCAGGCGGGCGGAGGGGGUGAGAUAGCCAGGGUGGCCAGCGAGCCGUCGACUCUUCCCCGAGAGUCGCGGGUCGGCGGAAGCUCGAGCGGCAAGCUGGAGCGAGCCAAGUCGGCGUCGGCAGAGGCGGCGAGGCGGGCCACCGCGAGGGCGAUGGCGCCGCGCGCGCCGGCCAAGAAGGUGGAGUGGGAGUCGGCCGACCUGUACUUGCACAAGGAGCUCAAGCCGGCGGCGGGGCUGGGGCCUGGGCCUGGCCUGACGCUCCUCUACUCGCGACACAACCCGGGCGCGCGCCGCGUCGCGUCGCAGCUCGCCGCGACGGUCGCCGGCUGCGUCGCCGUCGAGGCUCCCGCGAGCGUUGGCGGCGGGCGGGUCUUGCCGCUCCUCGUUCUCAACGCGCGCACCUUUGAGGGCGCCGACGGGGAGGCGCUCGCUGGGGAGGUGUGCGGCUGGCGAGCAGCCUUCAAGGAGACGGUGCGCGCCAACGAGCGGUUGAGGCAGCGCCAAGAGGCAGCCAGUGGGUUGGCGAAGCUGACGAAUCGACUCGAGGCGCUCACGGGCGUGGACGUCGACGGCGACGGCGACGUCAACGAGAAGUGCCUCGCAGAAGCAGAAGGCCGCGGGCGUUCACUCACUCUCGGAUCGAACGUGCAGAGCCGCCAAGACUCCCUCGGCGAGGCGUCGGGCCGGGCGCAGCCCAAGCACGGCGGAGCGGUGGGCGAGGCUAGCGAGCGCGUGCGCUCCUCGUCCUCCGCCUCGGGGGCGGACUCGGAGUCGGAGGAGCCGGCGGGCGGCGUGGAGAUGGGCAGGCUGCUGCUCGUGCACAUGCUCGAGCCCGAGGACGACGGCUGCCGCUUCGAGCAGGUGAUGGCCCAGACCCCGCAGCACCUCGUCGACGACAAGCUCUACUCGCAGAUCGCGCUGCCGUGGUUCCACGCGCCAGACUACCGCGCGGCCGCCCUCGCGGUGCUCUCGCACACGCUCGUCAAGGAGGGCUCCUCCGCACCGUCCAGCCGGGCCAGGGGCGGCACGAGGUGGUGGCCCAGCACGCGGCGGGCCCCCGCCACGGAGCGCCGGGCGUCGGGACGGCUCAUGUUCAGGCGGCGGAGCAGCGCGCCCGUGUGAUGGGCGGCCGCGCGGAACAAUCUACAUGGUAGCAAAGUCUGAAAAAGUCGUCCGACCGCGCAGAGCGGUCUGGCUGUCUGCAGAGCUUCCGUCCGCGAGCCCUGAGAAAUGUCGGAGGCAUGUCGGCCCAUGUUCGCGAUUUUGAUGGCGUUGCCCUUAUUGCACGUGAAACAGACCGC